GUUGGCCCUCAGCAGACUCGUCUCCUGACCCGGGCUGCCAAAGGAUUCAUGUGUCGAUCUCACAGCAAGUCCGGCGAUUCAAUCGGAGAGAGUGACAACGAGAACAAAGACUACAUUCCUCUGGUGUUGUUGCAGUUGGCUAGUGGUGCGUUCCCCUUGGACACAGCUCUGUGUGACGCCAUCAAUGUCCCUAUGGACAAGCUGAAGUGGACGUCACCUUUCAACAGCCACCGCACCAGCCUGGGCCACCUGUCUCACUCCAGCAGCCGCCGCACUGAGAGCGCCGAUGGCGGACACAGAUCGCCGUGUGAGCCAGAAACAAACCAGCCGUCCGCAGAGCACACUGUGGGCGUCCAGAGCCCAUCUCACCUGUCCAGGAGCAGCUGGAUGAAUGCUGCCUCUUCCUUAUUAGGCAGUCCAUCCACCACCGCGGAGCCCCAGCUGUCUCCGCUCUCCCAGGGGACAGUGGACGCGGCUCAGGGUCCGGGGGAUUGGAGCAGCAUCACUCAGCAGCAGCCCAAAGAGCGUACAGGAUCCAGAGAGCAUGGUUUGGGCAACUGCGGUGGCGCUUGCCUGGUUGGAGCACAGCUCUGCUAG